AUGGAAAAUAUUGAGACAGUCGAUAUAAAGAGAAGCGAUAAUCAAGCUGCUAAUUCAGAUAUUAAAGGAAAGAAUAUCAAGCAAACAAAAAACCAAAUAAAAGCAUUAAGAAAAAAAACUGAUCAUAUCUUAUCGAUUGAGCUUGCACUAAAUGAAGUAAACCAAAAAGCCAAAAACUCUCUCAAAAUUCAAUUUUACGAGGACAAAAAUCCAAUUAUUGAAGAAUUAGAAAAACUUAAAGAAGAAUUAGAAAAAGAAUUUAAAAAUACAAGUUCUUUCUAUCAAAAUGAUUCAAUAUUAAUAGAUUUACUGCAAGCAAAUGAGGAAGCUAUGAAUGCCUAUUUGGAAUAUGUUGAAGUGUAUGCUAGUUUUUCUAGUAGACUUAAAGAUUCAAUAGAAGCUCUAAUUUCUGAGUCUUUUUCUCCAUAUAUCUAUCAAGACCCAAAAUACCUUUAUUCUAUGAGCAGUCAAAUGUAUAAAAUUGAACUUGUUGUAUACGACAUAGAAAAGUCUCAACAAGCAAAUGCAAGCAUUUAUUUACCUGAGGUACUAACCAAUGAUGAAGUCAAUGUUGUGCAACUCCCCAACAAAGAGCUAUUUUGUAUCGGAAAAGCAAAUGAUCUUGGCUAUGCUUUCAUAAUUGAUUUAAAUAAGCAACUAUAA